UUUCUACCGCUAUUUUAAAAGUUAUAACAAAUUACGUGUGGAGUAAAGAGACUUUUAUUUUGAAAAAUAUGACGUAACCGGCAGCAAGCUACACGUUUUCUGAAUUGUCGGAGACUCGGAGACGCCGAGAUUUCCUUUGCAUAUUGUCUGAGAGUACAGCCAGGGCACCAUGGGAGAACAACUGAGUCCUGAGGAGAAGUUCAGCCUCAUCACAAGAAACCUUCAGGAAGUUCUUGGGGAGGAGAAGCUUAAGCAGCUUCUUCAGGAAAGAGAAUUAAAGGUAUACUGGGGAACAGCGACCACAGGAAAGCCACAUGUGGCUUACUUUGUUCCCAUGUCAAAGAUCGCUGACUUCCUGAAGGCAGGCUGUGAGGUAACAAUCCUUUUUGCAGACCUUCAUGCCUACCUGGACAACAUGAAGGCACCCUGGGAGCUGCUGGAGCUCCGGGUACAGUACUAUGAACAGGUCAUCAAGGCCAUGCUGGAGAGCAUUGGGGUCCCUCUGGAAAAGCUUAGGUUUGUCAAAGGCACAGACUAUCAGCUAAGCAGGGAGUAUACGCUGGAUGUGUACCGACUUUCGUCCAUGGUGACUGAGCAUGAUGCAAAGAAGGCUGGUGCUGAGGUUGUGAAGCAGGUGGACCAUCCGCUCCUGAGUGGUCUGCUCUACCCUGGACUACAGGCUCUGGAUGAGGAAUAUUUAAAGGUGGAUGCUCAGUUUGGUGGAGUCGACCAGAGGAAGAUCUUCACUCUGGCAGAAAAAUACCUGCCUUCUUUAGGAUAUACAAAGCGGAUCCAUAUGAUGAACCCAAUGGUGCCUGGUCUGACUGGAACCAAAAUGAGCUCUUCUGAAGAGGAAUCCAAGAUAGACCUCCUUGAUAAAAAGGACGAUGUGAAGAAGAAGCUGAAGAAGGCCUUCUGUGAGCCUGGGAAUAUUCAAAACAAUGGCAUUCUUUCUUUUGUCAAGCAUGUCCUCUUCCCUCUGAGUUCUGAAUUUGUGAUUAAAAGAGAUCCUAAGUGGGGAGGUGAUAAAGUUUACACAUCCUAUGAGGAAGUGGAGAAGGACUUUGCUGAGGAGCAAAUCCACCCUGGUGACUUAAAGGCCUCUGUAGAGGUGGCUCUGAACAAGCUUCUGGACCCUAUCAGGAAAAAGUUUGAGACACCAGAGUUGAGGAAACUGACCAGCCAAGCCUAUCCAGAGCCCACUAAAAACAAGUUUGCAGCAAAAGGGAACCCCAAAAAUGCAACAGAAGAGGACGACGUUGUCCCAUCCAGACUCGAUCUCAGAGUGGGCAAAGUCAUCAGUGUAGAAAAACAUCCGGAUGCAGACUCCCUGUAUUUAGAGAAGAUUGAUGUUGGAGAGGAGCAGCCUCGGACUGUUGUCAGUGGAUUGGUGGCUUAUGUUUCCCAAGAGGAGCUUCAGGACCGGCUUGUGAUACUGCUGUGCAAUCUGAAGCCCCAGAAGAUGCGUGGAAUUGAAUCUCAGGCUAUGCUGCUCUGUGCCUCAGUUGAGGGGGAUCCCAGGAGAGUAGAGCCUUUAAAUGCUCCCGAGGGAUCAGCACCAGGAGAUCGUGUGUAUGUAGAGGGAUUUGAGUCAGGCAAACCAGACGAUGAGCUGAAGCCAAAGAAGAAGGUGUUUGAGAAAUUACAGGUGGACCUGAAGAUCUCAGAUGAGUGCAUAGCUCAGUGGAAAGAGAAAGAUCUGAUGACCAAACUAGGAAAAAUCACCUGUAAAACACUGAAAGGUGGCAACAUCAGCUAGAUAUUUCCUUCUUUCCCCUAGUCUUCAAAUCUAGAGUUAUAAUGGAAACCCAACAUCCCAAUAACAAAUGCACAGUGCCAGAUAUGACUUUUAAUAAUUGUAACAGCAGUCAAAGUCUGAGGAAUCGGUUAAAGAACAUUAAGUGCUUUUUUUCACAGAGGUUCAUUCAUUCCUUACGUCACUUCUUGUCUGAAAUAGCAAAAGUGCAUCUGUUUUCAAGUGGGUAUUGUCUCUGAAUGAUGUGCUGCACAUUGCAUGUAAUUCUGCCCAACAUGUCUUUAGCAUAAAGUGCAUAAUAGACUGGUCUUAUGUUACCUUUCAAGUCUUCUUGUGGUGAAACAUCAACGGUUACCUUUAGUUGACGGAAAUUAGGCCAUUCAAACACUGGGAAACCAUUACAUACUGAACUUAACAUGCAUAUGGGAUAAUGUUAAUGAAACAUGUUAAUUCAUAAUAAAUAUAUAUAUAAAAAACAUU